AUGGCCUGCCCUAUCAGCGUCAGCAAGUUUGUUGGCACUGUCUCGCUCGGUCUUCUUACUGGGCUCUCCUACUCCACAUCAGCUAUCACAAUCCCAGCUCUACAGCUCCUUCCAACAUCUACAACCGCCGCCCGCUCCCUAAACGAAGUGAAGCGCCUAACCCGCCGAUAUGCCCUGCGCCUAUCCUUCCUGACCAAUACCUGUUUCUGUUUUGCCUGGUGCCUCUCAUCUCCACGCCGCCGACACCCAUAUAUGAUCUGGCUGGGAGUAUUCUCUACAAUUGGCGCCCACGGUAUUGAUUUCUGGUUCAAUCGUCACCUCGGCUUCAAAAGCUGGGUGUCGGCUGUUAUCCGCGACGUCUCCCACCUUUCCCUCGUCCGGGACUCGAACACAAGUAAGGAUGAAGACCUUGUCAUGGUUGAGCCACAGGACGAUGUGAAUGGUGAAACUGUUCAGCGCGAGAUGGACCGGGAGCGCCGGCUUCAACGAGCACGCACCUGGUUGUCUGGUAUUGCGCUCUCGAUUGGCAUCGUUGGCCUUUGGGGUGACAAGAGGUGA